CCACAAUUUAAAUGACUCUGCCUCUGCCCCUGUGGAAGGACAGGUCCUCCAGAGAGCACCAGCCACAGCAGCUGUCCAUUCUCCCAGAAAAAAUCUUCAUCAUGGCCUAUAAAGCAGCACAUUUGGCCUUUAAGUCGCGCUGGCACAAGACGGAUGAAGAGCUCUGUCGGCACAGCAUGUCCUUUGUCUUGCACAAGGCCAUCCAGAACGACUUCUUCAAGUGCUACCUUUACCUGCUGGAAAAGCUUCCCCUGGUGAAACUUUAUGCUCUGACAAGCCAAGUCAUCAACGGGGAGAUGCAGUUCUACGCCAGGGCCAAACACUUCUACCGGGAGGUGCCGGCCACGGAGGAGGGAAUGAUGGGAGACUACAUCGAGCUCUCCAACACCGACGUCGAAUCCUCACGGGAAUUCCUCAGGAAGUUUGUUGGGGGGGUGGGGAAAGCUGGCACCAGCCGUGCCCUGGACUGUGGCUCUGGGAUUGGUCGGAUCAGCAAGCACGUCCUGCUGCCGGUUUUCAAGAGUGUGGAGCUGGUGGAUAUGAUGGAGAAUUUCCUGGCUGAGGUCCCAAACUACCUGCAGGGCAAGGAGGACAGAGUAGAGAUGUAUUACUGCAAAAGCCUCCAGGAAUUCACACCGGCCCCUCGGAGAUACGAUGUCAUCUGGAUUCAGUGGGUUUCAGGAUAUCUGACAGACAAAGAUCUCCUGGAGUUCCUCAUCCGCUGCCAGGGUGGCUUGAAGGAUAACGGUGUCAUCAUUCUGAAGGACAAUGUGGCCAGGGAGGGCUGCACCCUGGACUGCCUGGACAGCAGCGUGAUCCGAGACCUGAACAUCCUGCACAGCCUCAUCGAGAUGAGCGGCCUCACCAUCCUGCGGGAGGAGAGGCAGCAGGGCUUCCCUGAGCAGUGUGUCCCUGUCUGGAUGCUGGCCAUGCAGAAGGGCCCUGGCCACUCCUGACUGCCCUGUGGGACUGCAGGGACUGGGCCAUGGAUGAACCAGGGGGCUGGGAAGGAGAAAAGCACCUCCUGGAAUCCUCCUACCCAUGCACUGCUCCAGGGCAGCAGCUUCUAAAGGGUCAGGAGAGAACCACAAAGCUUCUCCCAGGAACAGUCUGCUCCUAAAUCCUACCUGCUCCAUCAGUCUUUCCAUUUUUAAAAGCUUUCCUAACCUCCUUGUCAGGUCUCUCUUCCAUUAAGGAGUCAACACUGUACAAAACUCAUCUAAUAGAAAAUAAUUAGGUCUGAAGUUUCUGUAGUAGUUAAUAAUUUUGGGGUGUUCUGUAUGAGGUGUUAACAAGCCUGGUUUUCACUAUGGCACUUAAGUCUUCUUGGAAUUUAAGAAGGAUCUGUCAGAUCACUGAAGCAGGAAAUUCAAGUAACUUCUGGAAAACUUCACCCAAAUUUUGGUUGCCCUCUCUACCUGUACUUUAGAAUAUUUAAACCAAGAAUAUCAGGAAAGUUUUAUCUUUUUGUUAGCAUCAGCUAUGCAGUUUUGGGGGUUUUGGGGGGGGAUUUUUUGG